AAUUUCUAGUCAGUCAUCCAUUACUUAUAUGUAUAAAACAAUUACAGAAUAAUUUAAUUCUUACAGAUCUUUGAGGAGUUUCUUCAGAAACUACUACAGAAGCCAGCGUUGAAGGGCUCACAACUUUUAUUUUUAUUUUUGAAGACCAAAGAUGAAUUUACUAACACCUACUUGCCUGAUGUCUCCAUCGGUCGCCUGAUUCGUGAUGUUCCUCGCAAACUUAUGAAAGAGCGAGGACAACACUUGGAUUCCUUCAUCAAUAUCUUUCUAUCAUCAACCAUCACUCCCAUUAAGAAUAAAAAACAAGAGUUGGAAGAAUGUUCAACGAGUGGAGAUGCUUGUGAAGCCUUGCAGACAAGUAGUUCUCUGCUGAAUUCAUUGUUUGGAGAUAAUGCCCAGAGUCUGCCUAUGCCUCUGCAUGAACCUCCUCCACCACCACCAGCCACUAUGAAUGUUGUGGGUGUGUUUGAUACUGUUCUCUAUUUGGUGGUGCGUGUGUACGGUCUGUCCAUAAAUGCCCUACGCUGGAUAAUGUGCCUCAGGGUACUGGCUAAAAACACCUUAGAUGCUGCAGUCUGCUGGUUCUUGAGACGCAAGUUGGCACUGGCCCUUGCACCGCCACGCAUUGUCAAACUCAUUCAUCUUAUUCGAGAUGCACUCUUUGUAGACCCACCCGCAGAUCGAACAGAAGCAGAUCGUAGGGCUAGAGAAAAUGAAUUGCGACAGGAACUGAUGGCCUUGAUACCCCCUUGGCUGCAGCAUCUUCUUUUCACUCCAGAUCUUUACACUGAGGGAGCUAAUACACUUGUCAGCCUUUUUCAACAACCUGUCCUCAACAAGCAGCUAUCAUAUGUUCUGCUUGAUGCUGUGCUGGAUGAGUUAUUCCCAGAAUUGACUAUCAAUCCAGAAAUGUCACCCUUUCUUGCCAGCUAAAGGAGGUGCUUAUCAAGUAUACUCAACCACACCACACUCUUCUCAACAUGGUAACUGCUUGAACAUUUAUGUCUUCUGGUAUAUCUACAACUGUAUGAGAUUAAAAGAAAAAAAUUAUGAAUGUUACCAAGUGAGUGAGGGUGUCUUGACUGACUAGCACUUUCCUAUUUAUUAAGUUUCUACUCUGCUACAUUCCUGAAUAUUUUGAGCACACUUGUACACAUUGUACUAGUGAACUUAAGUUAUAGAAAUAAUAAAAGUAUUUAGGAACUUAAUUUUACUAAUAUUGAAAACCUGUGAUGAAUUUAAGUUUGCUCAACAUGUAAGAUACUAAGAGUGUUUACAUGUAAUAUAAUAAUGACACAUGGUAGCCUACAUUACUUUUACCUGUUAAUUACCAUAACUAGUUAUUAAUUAAAUUAUUGAUAUAUUUUAACACUAUUAUACAAAAAUUGCUGCAGUGUUCCCAGGGACAAAAUUUGCAAAUUUAUAUCAAGAUUCUGUUAUAUUUUAAGACACCCUGACAUGAAUAAGACACACAUGCAACAUUUAGGUAUCUUUAUUGCUGAAAUAUUUCACCUCCAGGUGAAUAUGAGGGUGUCUUUUAUGAUGGAGAUAGUGGAGAGGUAAUUUAAAUUGUUCAGUUUCUAGCCUUCACAGAAGGCGAUCAGUCCCUUAGCCUUUACAGGAGGUGAUUAGUCCCCUAGUCUAAAGCAGAGGCAAAAGGAUUGAGACUUGCAUACUAGAGUCAGAAAUGAAGUGCAGCAGUUGGAAAUGUUAUUGUAAGUGAGCAAAGCCUGCUAAUGGCAGUAGUUUAUGCCAACAAAAUGUUUGGCAAUGGAGUUGUAGAAUAUAUCCUCUUUACCAAGAUACCAUGGUGUUUGUGUCAGACAAGUACAUGUAUCAUUAAUGGUAUGCAAUAUAGAUACCUUGAUGAAUAAGACAUAUACAACACUUUGGUAUCUUUAUUUCUGAAAUGUUUUGCCUACAAAGCAUGUGAAACGACACCCAGGUGUUGCACAUGUAUCUUAUUCAUCAAUCUAUUGGUAUUAUAUACCAUUAAUAAUAUGACAUACAUGAACAUGUUACAUUUACACAUAAUUUGGUUAAGAGUGCUAAGGUGUUAGCAAAAGAUUGGUUCACAGAAUUUGGGCAGCCUGUCAAAACUAAUGUUUGUGUAUGUGAGCACUGCCAGUAAGUUGUAUAAAGUUAAUAUCUAAGAGAAAAGAAAAAGUAAUAAUGGAGAACGAUGGUGCAUGUUAAUUACCACAGUAGAAAAUUAAUUAAGAAGCACUCAGAGACCAUUUUCAUCCCUAUAUAUACCUUUUUUCAAUUCCAUGCCUAAGCAUUACUGACCAAGUGAUAAUCUGUAUUCCUAUAAUCAAUGAGGACAUAGCAUCAUGGGGGCUGAAGCCCCCUAAAUUAAAUACAGUUGACCAUUGACUAACACAGUAGUUACGUUUCAGAAAGCAGCGUGAAAUAAAAAAUGCAUGUUAACUAAACUGAAGAAUAUAUGGGACAAAUAGGGUUAUGUUCAUUAGAACUUCCAAAAAAAGUCACUCAAGUUUUUUAAUUUAAAAUUAUAAAAACCAAUGAUGAUGUAAUUAUUGGUCCAUGUGUGAUGUGUAUCAAAUAUCCUGCAACCACAUCUCUGCUAGCAGACAGUGAUACAUUUUUAUUCAAUUAGUUCUUACUGUAGAGGGCCAAAAAGGAGGGGUCAGAGUGAUUAGGGUGUACAUGGGAGGGGUUUGAGCAGUUGAGGUGAGUGGGUUUGGUGUGGGAGAUGUAGACUGAACAGUGUGGGAGGAGGGGCAGGAACUGGAGGCUGGUGUUGGGAAGUGGAGGAUGCUGUGUGGUGUGGGAAUGGAGGCUGGAAGCAAACGAGGCAGUAUGGUGAUCGCCAUGUGGGUAGCAGUGUUGGCGACUUAGUGCGGAUGGUGGAUGAGUGUGAGGUUGGUGGUGUGGGCAGUAAUGAGUGUGGUGAGUGGCUAGUGACUAGGUGUGGGGAUGGCAUGAUAGGGGGUGUAAGCCAUGAAAGCAUGAGUAAGGUGUGGGUGUGGGGCUGUGUGGGCUUGAAGCUGUGAGGGAGUGUUGUGAAUGAGAGCAUGGGUAAGGUGUGAGAGUGGGCUUGGAGCUAUGGGAAAGUGGUGUGGGUGGAAGGUGUAGCUGUCAGCUGCCCAGUGUGGGUGGUGAUUGGACAGUGGAUGACUGGGUGGGCAGGUGUGUGUACAGUGGGCAAGUGGUUGAUGUAGGUGGUAAUGACAAUGGUGGGUGACUUAAGUACUUAGAUUUAAGUAUGUGAUAGGGUGUAAGGUCAAGUAAGGUUGUGCACAAGUAUCUUCACCAGGUGCCAGAUCAACCAGGCUGUGAUGGAUAAGUGGGUGUGUGGGCCUCCGCAGCAGCAGCCUGGUUGGCCAGUGGCCAGUCUCCGGAGUAGAAAAACUCUUGGAACUCAUCAAAGGUAUAUGGGGCUGGGCAAGGUGUGGUCUUGAGGUAGUGGGAGAAUGUGACCAUAGGGAAAUGUAGGUGUAGGCAUAUGGCUGGGGGUAAGGUAAUUGAAUGGAUGGAUUGUGGGGAUAGAUUGUUGGUUGGGAUGGUGUGGGUGAAGGCAUGUACCAUAUUUUACAGUGAACAAGACAUUAUGGUAUCAAGUAACCCUCCCCCAUUCUGAUUGGCUAAAUUUAAAAAAAUAAUAAUAAAUGGUACUUUGGCCUCCAAGAUGACUUAUUUUGGGGGGAAAAAAUAGUGUCUUUGAUGCUGUAAAUUAUGGUAUAGGGUGGGUGGUAUGGGUUGGGGUUGUGGGCAGUGUGGGUGAAGUUGCUGGGUGUGUGGCCUGGGGAGGGGAAGUUUGAAUGAGCAUUUGGUGUGGGUGGACACAUGUGGCUGAGGUGUGGUACUGAACAUGUAUGAAUGGAGCAUGAGGUAUGAUAUUAUACACAUGAAUGAAUCCCCAAGCCUCACUGUAUAGCCUCACUGCUAGAUGGCGAAAGAACCAUGUGCCCUAACCUUCACCCACCACACCCAAUAACAAUACUCAUUUUUCACACACCUCUGUCCAUUUUAUACACCCCUCUGCCCAUACACUCUAACCCUCAUCCACCUUCACCCAUUCCCUGACCCAUCCCUUCACCCAUCCCCUCAUUAACAUUCACCCAAUAUCACCCAGUAAAGGUGGGAACCUUUACCUCUGCCACAGUUGCCCUUCACUCAUACUCCCCCACCAUGCUUGUACCAGCCUCUUCCCCAAAUACUCACCCUCAUCUGCAUAUCCUUACCCACCUGCCUGUGCCCAUGCCAACAGCAUGGGUAGAGGCAGUGUGUGAUGGCAGCAAUAGCAUGCACCCACAGGUCACUCACCCCUUCACUCAGAACCUCACUCACCUUUUAACACUCAGUACCCAGUCCUUUACUAGCUCACACACUCUUGCCCACUAGCCCAUAAGACAGUGUACAUGUCCUGAGGCUCACUGUGAGGCAAAGGGAAAAGAAUGCAGUGCAUUCCAUGUAUUUUCCCAUACGUGUACUUCGCUGUGUAAACUGAUUUUUUAUGAUGUGCUCACUGAAAAUAUGUUGCAGUUUUGCAACCGUGUUAUAACAAAAAGUUUUAAAAGAUGGCGUGUCAUCUGACUACAAGUCCCCUAGUUCACCCUUCCUAUAUAUGUAGGGGCUUGGGGACAAUAUCCAUUGUCUCGUGAAAAAUUUGCAUUCUCGUGUAUAUACCUUUGAAGAAUUUCGAGAGUAUAUCUACUCUCUGAGCCCGGCCAUGGGCCAGGCUUGUCUGGUACCAGGCUGUUACUGCUGGAGGCCCACUGCCCCACAUACCCAUCACAGUCUGGUUGAUCUGGCACCUGGUGAAGAUACUUGUCUAGUUUCCUCUUGAAGGCUUCAACACUUGUUCCAACAGUGUUUCUGAUAUCUUCUGGUAAGAUGUUGAAAAGCCUGGGACCCCGGAUGUUGAUACAGUGUUCCCUUAUUGUCCCCACCGCACCCCUGCUCCUCACUGGGUUUAUUUUACAAUUCCUCCCAUAUGUCUCACUCCAAUAUGUUGUUAUGGCAGUGUGCAGAUUUGGGACCAAGCCCUUGAGUACCUUCCAGGUAUAUAUUAUCAUGUACCUCUCUCUCCUCCGCUCCAGUGAGUACAUGUUCAAGACUUGCAGGCGUUCCCAGUAGUUUAGGUGCUUUACGGGCUCAUUGUGAGCCGUAAACGAUCUCUGUAUUUGUUCCAGCUCCGAUAUUUCUCCUGCCCUGAACAGGGCCGUCAGCACUGAGCAAUAUUCUAAGUGAGGGAGCACUAGCAAUAUGAAGAGUGUCACUAUCGGCAUUGUUUCCCUUGUUUUGAAAGUUCUCAAUACCCACCCAGUCAUCUUCCUGGCUAUUAAGUCAACACCUUAACACAUACCUUCAUUAUUAUUAUAUUAUAAUAAAAAAAAGAAGUGCUAAACCUACAAGGGUCAUACAGCACUGCCAGGCAGGGAAGGAUGCAGGGGUGGGUAUUGGGUAGCAAGAGGGAGAGAGAUAAUUAUUAGGUCAUGGAGUGCAGUGGAUAGUGCAGAGGUAGAGGGUAGCAAGAGAUUGAGGUAGAAAGGGCUGUGAGGAGUACUAGAGGCAUCAUCAUCAGAGUUUGUGCAGUAAAUCAGAUGCUGUCAAAAAGUCAGUGAGAACAGAUAGCUUCAGCCUCCCUCUUUGGAAACCUCAUCAAACUUAGGCUUGUAAUGGUCUUCUCUUUGCACUAUAGCUUCAUUAUAUGGUGUUUGCUUAGAACUUAAGUAUUUUAUCUUUGCAGGCCAGUAUAGUAUGCACAGUUGAUGCACCAGUAUUCUUUUGUAAUAUUUUAAGAAACUCUUUUCUGUAUGCACUGCAAAAUCUCCACUCUACAAAAUAUUAAAUGCAACUCUCUUCCAUUUCUGACCACAUGUUGCACUAAUCUGUUUAGAAAGAAUUCUGAGGAUAUAUUGUGGUCCAAAACAGCAAAAAAAGAUAAAAACAAAUUAAGAACAGUAAUAUAGAAAUUACUCACACAUGUUUAAUGUGAGACUUUGAGCACAGCAAACCUAAACAAAAUAAAGUUUCUCAAAACUUGGAAUGUUUUGGUUUUGACUGCAAAUUUUGAACUUAUCCAAAGAGGUGAUUUUAGAGUCAGUGACUUUUCUCAAUCCUGGAUGUUGAAAAACUGCAGUCAUGCUGUAGUUAUAAGUAUUUAAGGGUUUUUAACUAAAAGGCUAAUACUGUACUAGAUAUACAGGUAGCAACAUUUCAUUUUUGUGCUAAGUCCUGUUAGCUAAUUUCUCAUUUUGUAAAAAAAAAAAAAAAUUCUAUCUUAUAUAUAGGAACAGUGAAAAAUCAGCUGUUAUAUCUGUUAUGAAUAUAUAUAUGCUCUAAGGCAUAUGCAUUUUUUAUGAAGGUGAUAAUACCAAGGUGUACUGCUGACUGACAGUAAUGAAGAUAAUACCAAGGUACAGAGCAAGCUUUUGUGAUAAUGUGUUGCCCUACUCAGAGCUUUAUUAAGUUAUUUACUUCAUUAACCUUUUAUUAACCAUGGAAGAUUGGGAGGAGGGGAGCAUUGUUAGUGUGGGAAAAUUUUGAUAAAAUGUAAAAAUAAUAUUUCUUACCAUACCAUUUUAAAGUAUUUAUAUUUGAGCAGAAUAUGACCAAGAGAGGAAAAAAAAUUGGAACACAUGCUGAUUUAU